AAUAUUACUGCUUCUUGCUUUGAUUGUCCUUCUUUUACAUUGUUUUCUUUACUGUUCUGAUGAUUUUAAUAACAACUCAAUGAUACAGAUUUGAGUUAACUGUUUAUUCUGAAAUUGGAGUGGACUGGUUACUAAUGUUACUAUAAGUCCAUGCUCGGAGUGCGCUCGUACUUUUGUCAGCAAAAUUGAUUAACUUAAGCAACUAAAAUUGUACUUGAGAGUGGAGCAGCAGCACUAAAAGUACCUUAACUAUUAGAGCUAAGUCCAUUACACACAUAUAUACAACAUAAAUACAGAAUUCUCACCAAAAAACCAACGUUUGACAGCGAAAGAUUUCAAAAGUAAAGAUAUACAGGCUGACACCGCUGUGCUGGAACCAUUCUUGGUGCCCGUCAGGCCCGUCUUUAGGAUUAGUGGUAUAUGUGUCAUUGGUGCCACAUCCAUCAUAGUAGGUGUCUACUAUACCAGUGACACAGUUGUGGCCUAAGUUAGGAUUCCAUCAGCAUUGUUGGGUGGAGAUGGAGACAGUGCAUGUGAAAGUGGAACAGUUGUGGGAGGAGCCAGGGCACCAUGCUGUUGCAGAGGCAUCUCCAGGGCCCAUGAAGCGAGAACCUCAGCAGCUACCGGUUAUCAUUAAUGUCAAACAGGAGGUCAUUGACCCACAAGAAGAUUUGCAAAAUAUUGUGGAGAAGGUAGUUGUGAAAGAGGAACCCAAGGAUGGCAGUGACAGUGAAACACUGCCACAAAAUUUGGUGUUCGGUGAAAAUGAUAUUGCAGAGGCGUCUCCAGGGCCCAUGAAGCGAGAGCCUCAACAGCUACCGGUUAUCAUUAAUGUCAAACAGGAGGUCAUUGACCCACAGGAAGAUUUGCAAAAUAUUGUGGAGAAGGUAGUUGUGAAAGAGGAACCCAAGGAUGGCAGUGACAGUGAAACACUGCCACAAAAUUUGGUGUUCGGUGAAAAUGAGGCGUCUCCAGGGCCCAUGAAGCGAGAGCCUCAACAGCUACCGGUUAUCAUUAAUGUCAAACAGGAGGUCAUUGACCCACAGGAAGAUUUGCAAAAUAUUGUGGAGAAGGUACUUGUGAAGGAGGAACCCAAGGAUGACAGUGACAGUGAAACACUGCCACAAGUGUUUGUUGAAAAUCUGUGCGUCAAGGUGGAGGGCGAGUACGUGAAGGAGGACCCCGAGCCCAGCGAGAGUGAGACAGAGCCGUGCGGGAGUGAGAUGGCUGCGGCAGUCGACCCGAAACACAACAAAAAACAGCCACCCUACUCGAAGAUGAGGACUCGGUCGCGCGCUGCCAACACGAACACGGAGGCCAGCGGUGGGCCUCACUCGCCUGACGUCUGCACAGAGUCCUUCGAGUGCCCCAGCCUUUUAAAAUUACACAUGACACACUACACUGGAAACAACUCCUUUGCCUGCGAAAUGUGCCAGUCGAAAUUCGCGAAUCUGACCGUUUUGAAGAUACAUUUAAGGUCACACACUGGUGAGAAGCCCUACAAGUGUAAAACCUGUAAAAAGAAAUUCACACAAAUAGGUUCUUUGAAGAAACACGAACGAAUUCACACUGGUGAGAAGCCAUACUCUUGUGAAACGUGCAAAAAGAAGUUUUCUCAAAAGACGCAUUUGAAGACGCACGAGCGUAUUCACACAGGUGAGAAGCCGUUUAUCUGUGAAUCAUGUAAUAAAAAGUUUGGGCUAUUGAGUACUUUGAAAGCCCACCGAAGGACACACACUGGGGAAAAACCAUACGUGUGCGAGAUUUGUAAGAAAACGUUUGCGAAGUCGAAUACAUUGAAAACACAUGAGAGGACGCAUACGGGAGAGAAGCCGUACUCUUGUGGAAUUUGCGAGAAAGCGUUUACAGCGUUGAGUAUUCUGAGUAAACAUAAACGGAUUCAUUCAAGAACUAGCAAAGUUUGAGUCCAUGUGCGAGAUUUACAGUGGCAUAACUAUACGGUGGCAAAGCGUGCCUGCCCCGUGAGGGGUAAUUAGUUUAAUUUACCAAGAGGCCGUGAGUACAGAGGCCUGCUAUUGCCCCAUUCGAUUAAUUUGCCACUCAGUCACAGCACUGGAAGUCUAUCUUCUUAUCUUAUCUUCUAAUUUUCGGGGGCCCUUGCGGAUACACUUCGACCCAUAGGGAUCUUUUGUGUAGUUGCUCCCUUAGGAAAUAGCUACUCAAGAGCUUUUUUGACCAUCUCCAUGUGCCGGAUAAUAGAGCUUAUCGGUAGCCUUUUGAAUUCCUUUGGUUCCAGAUAGCCUGCUCCAAAGUCCUUCAUUCUUUGUCUGGCGAGGGCGUGACAUUCACACAUUAGGUGUGUUACUGUCUCUUCCUCUUCACCACACAUUCGACAAUCAGUGUUGUCGGAGUGUCCCAUCCUGGCCAAAUACAUAUUUACAAAAAUACAUAUACUAGAAGUCUAAAUACAUAUUUGUUAUUUUUUAUACCGUGGUCGAUGGCAAAAGAAGCAUACAAUCUGCAAUGGUGCUUACCGUAGCCUAUGAACGCCUGCAACUCCAGGGGUGUCCCUUGUAUUGGUAGUAAUUGAGAUUGAUAUGAUAACGAAUAGAUCACGCAGCUGUCAAACGCUGCAGUAUGUAAUUACCCGUAAUAGCAGCAGUGUCACGCAGUGGGAGCAGAACUUCGUUGCUUUAUUUACCACGAACGCUGUAGAGGGUUCGAAAGGUCGGGAUGUAUUUUAAACUCAUUAUACGUGAUAUUAUCCGU